AAAAUGGAUGUUAUAAGAAGAUUGAUAAUUUUGUGCAUGUUGACAGCUGUUCUGCCAUUCAUACUUAUAAUAAUUCCUUUAUGUUUACGGCAUAUUUUUUAUGCUGAUGUUGCAUAUGCUGUAACAGAAUCUGAUAUUAUAGAAAUUAACGAUGGGAUCUCAACAAUAUUUUGUUCGGAACAUACUUUAAAAAUGAAUGGCACUUUUAAUGCUUUCCAAAUGACUCAUCGACCAGAGAUAGCGUCAAAACGAAAACACAUAAGACUUAAAAAGAGCAUGAAUUUACCAGAUGAUACAUUGGAAUACUGGGGAUUUUAUUUAUUAAAAAAUGCAACUGUAGCGCUUUCUGUGUGUUCAAGAUUCGAAGGAGCUUCUAUAUUGGUAGUGAAAGGAGAGAAAAAUCUACGUACUUGUGGGCUGUUAGAACACAAUAUUAAUAAGCAAUCGCAAGAAAUUUUCUUUCCAGAUGCAAACAAACAAGUUAAAAUAAUAUAUGAAUCAAAUGCACAAGAAAUUGAUUCUAAAGAAACAACCACAAUUGAACUUACUAAACCUACACAUAAUAUCAAUGAAGUAGAUAAACCAGCUAUAAAUAUGAGUUCUGAAAAUGCUUUAGAAAGAAUUUCCGAAACAAAUCUAGAAAAUGGCACGCGGGCAUAUAUUGCGGAUGAAAAAUUGAUGAAGAGUUUAGAACAUUUAGAGACAUUGUAUCAUACUGCAACGUCUUAUCUUGAUAAAUAUAUAGGUGAUAAACAAAAAAGUGUGAAUAAUAACAUUAGAAAAUGGAGACAUACUAAACGUCAUAUGUCGAAUAUAAAUAAAAAUAAAAUAAUAAAGCAAAGAGGAAAAGGAGUCUAUAAUUACAAUAAAAAAAUGCGUAUACAAAAAUUACAAGAAACAUUGAAUUCAUAUAUAAUCAAUGAUAGAAAGGAACAAGAAACAAAGGAGAGAGAUGAAAUGGAUACCAAAAGAUUUAAAAGAAGUAGAGAACUCUUAAAGCCACCAUCCUUACUAGAUCAAGGCAUUAAGCAUGGUGGAAAUGCCGACAAAAAUUAUACAUCUGAUUCUAGCGAAGAGUCGUCUAUUUCCAGUUUUGAAACUGGUUUAUUAAAUUGUUACAAUGGUGAAAUAUUGUUAGCUCAUGAAUUUCAACCUUCAGAUCAAUGUACUAAUAUUUCCUAUUUGCUUAAUAGUAAACACAUACAGGCAAAUCACCAUGUGGGACAAGAUGGUUAUUAUUAUUAUAUUUUUUAUAGUGAUAACGAUAUUGUGUCCAAUGAUAUUUAUGCGAUUUUUGAUAUAUAUAAACCGACUUUUCAAUAUGAAAAUGUGACUAAAUCGUGUAUUAAUCAAACUGAAUGCUCAUUUCGUAUAAACCUGCUGUCAGCGGAUAGGGUAAUUGUCGAAAUACCAACUAAGGACGGUAUAGAGCAUAAUGAGAUGGACGACGCUGGCAUACUAAUUUCUAUUUGUCAGCCACGAAUGGGCGCGUAUAUGAUUUUUCCAAUUGCGAUAUUGCUCUUAAUUCUUGGUUGUGCUUUUAUAUAAUUAAAUCGAUUACUUAGAAAUAUCUGCAGACAUAAGUACAUACAACUUUGUGAAAUUGUUGUUUCACACAUCAUAAUAUAAAUCAUUUAAAUACAAAUUUACAUGAAGCUAUGAAUUGAUUAAAAAUUCAAUAUA